AUGGAUUUGGCACCAGAUGCGGUAGACGAUGCCUACUCUGCAUGUCGAGAGCAGAUGCUGCAAAAGGUUUUGGCCAAAGACGGAAUUCUUCAGACAGAGCUUAGCAAGGACAGUGUAUUUAAGUCAGCAUGGAACGCAUCCCAGGGCUGCGAUAAAACAAUCUCUGGAGGUCAACGGGAGCAUACUCAGGCAUUGCAAAGUUUUGUUAAUUUUCGGGAUUUGCCAAAAAAAGUCAAUAAAGCUGUUAAGACCCAGGGUGGAAAUGUGGACAUCUACACCAACCAGUUCCAGUAUAAGUCCCUACAUUUCCUGCUGAUGGACGCCAUGCGCCUUCUAAACAAGACGGAGUGUCGCACUGUCUUUUCCAGCACUUUUGAUGACAUCACUGCAGUAAAAGGAGCUGAUGUGCGUUUUGGAACAUUCGUAUCAGCAGAAGGUGACCGAAGCUCUGCAGAGGAGGGCUGUUAUGAUGGUGGAACACUGUUUAACAUCACCACAUGGUCUGUGAUCAAUGUGGAAAGCAAUGUCUGUCGUUCAGAAGAAACCACCAUGUUAAUAUCCCCAGUGGAGCUGUUUAAAGUGGUGGAUGUGAAUACAAAUACAGAAUGCGAAAGGGAGAUUGUGUUGACCUCCUUAGGAUUCAAGAGUGAUCAUGAUUGUUACCUAUUCCCCAGGUAA